AUGACCAGUACCGACAGCAACGGCCAAGCCUCCCCCGUCUCCUCCGUCGAGGAGUUCACCCAAACCGCCUUCGACUUCAUCAUCUGCGGCGGCGGUACAGCCGGAUGCGCCAUCGCAGCCCGCCUCAGCGAAGACCCCAGCGUGACCGUCGGAAUCGUCGAAGCAGGCAAAUACCGCAUCGACGAUCCAGUCAUCGACACGCCCGCGGGCUUUUUCCAGGCAUUCGAGAACCCCGACUACGACUGGUGUCUGUACACAGCGCCGCAGCCCGGCAACAAUGGAAGAGUCCAUAAUAUGCCGCGCGGAAAAGUCCUAGGUGGCUCCAGCGCAAUCAACUACAUGAUGUACGUCCGGGGGUCACUGCAGGACUACGACGACUGGGCUGAGUUGGCCGGUGACGAGGGAUGGUCUGCGGCGUCGAUGAAGCAGUACAUGCGCAAGCACGAGACUCUCGAAUCCGUCAACACCGCAAUCGUCGACGCCCCAUCGCCCCUCGUCGCAGAGAACCACGGCACAACCGGCCCAAUCCGCACCAGCUUCAACGACGCGUAUCUGCCCAUCGACACUGAGAUCGUCAAAGCUGCCGCUGAAACGACAGAUCUCCCAAACAAGCCCGUGGACGCCUGGAGCGGCGACCACAUCGGCUUCUACCACACUCUGGGUGCAGUCGCGCGCUCAGGGCCCAACGCCGGUAAACGCAGCUACGCCGGCCGCGAGUACUACGAUGCCAACUCGUCACGGCCAAAUCUCAAGCUCCUCUGCGAAGCGCGAGUCAACCGCGUCCUCCUCGACGGCACCAGAGCCACCGGCGUAAGCAUCACCGUAGAUGGAGAAGAGUAUAGCCUCUCUGCAACCCGCGAGGUCAUCGUCUGCGGGGGCACCAUCCAGUCCCCCCAGAUCCUCGAGCUGUCUGGAAUCGGCGACCCAGCUAUCCUCGCCGCCGCAGGUGUAGAAUGCAAAGUCCCCAAUCCCGCCGUCGGCGCCAACGUGCAAGACCACAGUCUGAGCCUCAUAAUCUGGGACCUCCACCCGGGCGUCGUCAGCUUAGACACCCUCUACCAAGUCCCCGAAGCCAUGCAGGGCGCGGCAAAGCAGUACGCAGAAACAGGAACGGGUCCGCUGAGUGCUGUCUCCGGCACGCAGGGCUUCUUCCCUGCCAAACGCGUCCUGUCUGAGUCUGAGUUGGCAGAGGUGGUUCAGAGUAUCCGGGAUAUCAAACCGACCACGCCGUUCCACGAGAAACAGCUCCAGCAAGUCAUUGCCCACCUGCAGAGCGACAUUUCCGCCAAUAUGCAGCUCGUCUUCCUGCCUGCAACGUUCAACACGAAGGACGGACUGGAGCAUCAAUCCAAACUCCUUGGGCCGCCAGGGCCAGACCAACCAGCCGGUGCUAGUGCUGCGCUUUGCAUCCAGUAUCCUGUAUCGAGAGGGUACAUCCAUAUCCAGAGUAAUGACCCCGCCCAACCGCCAACAAUCCAGCCAAACUACAUCACCCAAGAAGCAGACGUAACCCUCAUCGCCGCAUUCCUGCGCUGGGCAGACAAGGUCGGUCUCGCCCCCUCAGUCUCCUCCUCCAUCGCACGACGCACAUUCCCAAGCCCGGAACUCGACAUGCAAGACCUAUCGCAGGCCAAACAGGCCGUGCGCGACGUCGUUGCGGGCGAAUACCACAUCUGCGGAUCCGUGGCGAUGGGUGAUGCGCUGGACUCGAGCCUCCGAGUUAAGGGGGUGCAGGGGCUGCGUGUUGUCGACGCGUCCGUGUUUCCGAAUAAUGUCAGUGGGAAUAUUAUGUCAAGUGUUUAUGCUGUUGCGGAGAGGGCGGCGGAUUUGGUGAAGGCUGAAUAUGGGCUUGUUUAG